AUGGCCGACCAGCUGACCGAGGAGCAGAUAGCAGAGUUCAAGGAGGCCUUCUCUCUGUUUGACAAGGAUGGGGACGGCACCAUCACCACGCGGGAGCUGGGCACUGUCAUGCGGUCCCUGGGCCAGAACCCCACCGAGGCCGAGCUCCAGGGCAUGGUCAGGGAGAUUGACGCCGAUGGCAAUGGCACAGUGGACUUCCCUGAGUUCCUGGGCAUGAUGUCGAGGAAGAUGAAAGACACAGACAGCGAGGAGGAGAUCCGGGAGGCCUUCCGCGUGUUUGACAAGGAUGGCAAUGGCUUUGUCAACGCAGCUGAGCUGCGGCACGUGAUGACCAGGCUGGGGGAGAAGCUGAGUGAUGAGGAGGUGGAUGAGAUGAUCCGAGCAGCUGACACGGAUGGAGAUGGGCAAGUGAACUACGAGGAGUUUGUCCGCAUGCUGGUCUCCAAGUGA